GAGAGAGCUCUCCUUCUUUGGGGUGAAGGUGGCUAUGAUUGAGCCCGGUUACUUCAAGACUGGAAUUACCAGCAAAGAGAUGUUUUUAAGGACCUUACGGAAGGUGUGGGACCGGGCCAAUCCAGAGAUCAAGGAGACCUACGGCGAGGAGUUCCUGGCUUCUUACAUAAAAAUGACUGACAUAAUGGAGAAGAAAUGCUCGCCUGAUUUGUCCUUGGUGACAGACUGCAUGGAGCAUGCUCUGACUGCCUGCUACCCGCGCACCCGAUACUCGGCUGGCUGGGAUGCCAAACUUCUCUACCUCCCAAUGAGCUACAUGCCCACUGCCCUGGUGGAUGCCAUGAUCUACUUGAACUCCCCAAGGCCUGCCAAGAGCCUAUGA